AAUUCGCUGCCAGCAAAAGAAAAAAAAAACAGCGAAAAGGGAACGAAGACGCAAGGAUCUAAAGUGGAAUCGUGCGUGAUUGGAAUAACAAAUCGGAAAAAAUAGGAAGGAUCGGUGGAAUUUAAAACGAUUACCUGUUGUUGUUUUGGCCGUCCCAAAAAUAGCUACGAACGAAAGAUUUCAAACGUGAAAAAAAGGUGGACCAAGGAAGAAAGGGUUCGCCCGGAAUUGUGCGAGAGUGUUUUAACGAUUCAGAGCUCCAGGAAAAACGUGCAAAAUAGUGGUUUUUGAACAAGCGAAAAUUCUACCCGGGAAAAGAAGCGCCCGAGUGAAGUGAAAGCCUACAUUCCGCCGUGCAGAAUCAGAACCGGUCGGAUUGUGCGGUGUUUGAGGAUUAUUUGAGCCCUUGUCGCCGACGAGCCGUUCUAUCGCCGGAAGGAUCCGGGAAAAGGAGACACACGUCGCGUGGAUAAAUUUUGCAAAUCGAAAAUGCUGCGACCAUCAGCAUUGCUAAUCUGUGCAUUGGUGCUCACGACGGCGACUCAAGCAGUCGUCAAUAUCGAAGCCCAACGUCGUGAGGCACCGAUUGCCGAUACCUAUGGACCACCACCCUCGUCUCCCGGUGACUCUUCAUAUGACCUGCCAGCACCAGUCUAUGGAGCACCAGCCGUAGCACACUACCCGCCACCCCCACCGGACGUCCCGCCAGCAAUCGUGCCACACAAGGAAUACGGCGUCCCGGUGCAACACUUUGGACCCCCGAAUAUCAACAUCGAAUACGGGCCUCCACCUCAGGCUCCGAAACCUGUAUACCAUCCACCGAAGCCCGUUUACGGACCACCCCCGCACCCGCCAGCUCAUUACCCUUCGUAUCCACCGAAGAAGCAGUCGUCCUUCCUUGAAUCACUGUUCUCGACUUUCGGAUUUGGAGGUGAGGAGGAACACAAUCACCAUCGUCACCAUCCCCAACAGCAUCAGCCACAGCAGCAUCAGCCCCAGCAGCAUCAGCCCCAGCAGCAUCAGCACUAUCACCAUGGACCUCCACCAAAACCAGUCUAUGGGCCACCGAAACCAUCCUACGGAGUUCCGUCAUUCAACCAACCCGCCCCGAAACCUGUCUAUGGGCCACCGAAACCCGCCUACGGUCCUCCGAAACCAGUUUACGGACCACCGGCACCAAUUUUCACCGCUCAGCAAUCUUUCGGUCAUCACUCUUCGGCUCACGUGCCUCCAACUCCCCCAGAGAUCAAAUGCGACGGAUGGAAACCGAUUGCCGGUCCCGUCGGUCAAGGUCCACCGCCCAGCCACGUAGAAAUUCACUCUCCAGAUUCUUCCUAUGGACCUCCACCCAGCGGUGACUUCCUCGGCGGACAACAUCAAAUCUCCGGUGGUGACAUCGGUCUGCAGCUACCUCGCCUGGAACCUGGCCCAUCUUUCAACAACGACCUGCACAGCGGACAGGAACUGCACAAGGGAAACAGCUUUGAGAUUCAUUCGAACUUCAUUUCUGACUCUUAUGGUGCUCCACCGCCAGACUCGUACGCCCCAGGUUCUUACAAGCCAUCGUUCGUGCCAAUGCCACAACCACCACAACCACCGAAACUCCAGUUCCCACCCUCUCCGGUUUACGCUGCUCCACAGCAUCAUCGCCCAGCAUCGUACCAACACGGCCUUGCAAUCUCCCAUGGAUCCGUCAGCGGUAAUCUAAGACCCUGGUCCGGACCAGUGGCACCACCACGUCAACCUAUUGCUUACCGUCCGCCAGUUCCGGCCGGUCUGAUCGAAUCCAUCGGACAUACAGUUGAACAGUUGGACAACUUUGGAAGCAAGCAUCACUACAAUGGCGAUGUUUACCUACCACCACCAACCAGUGACAUCCCAACUGCCCCGCACAGUCCCCAAGAGCUGUACACUCUCCCAUCUGAACAACCACCGCAGCCAUUCCUGACGCAGCACCAAUUCCCGGAAGCUCUCGCUCAAGUUCAGCAACCUCGUAAUCCCGAUCUCAACGUGUUGCCCAUUUCGAGCAGUGACUGCGGACAUGGUCCAGAGCUAUCCGGACACACCGGUGAUCAGCAGACGGUUUACUUUGGAUCUUCCGGAGCUCAGGCCUAUACCAGCGAGGAAUCCAACAGCAUCGACUCUAGCUACGGUCCACCAGCUUCCGGAAACGUCGUCAGUGAGUACCGCACCGCACAUCAAUUGUCUGGUAGUGAAUCCGUCUCCACAGCGGCCAGCCUUCCAGGUCUCAGCGGAGGUCUCGGUGGCCUGGAGCUUGUGUCCGCCCAAAAGUCACACAGUUUGACGAUUCCGGUGCAAGGAAAGCUGGGAUCCUACCAGCUGCAGUUCCAAGCUGCCAAUCCGCUGGGCUCAGGUCACGGUGGAUCCGGUGCUCCACACGAGCAAAUCCUUUCCGAAGGACUGCUCCAAUCGAUUCUGUCUGCCAUCGAGCAACCGCAGGGAAGCUUCCAGCACGAAGCAUCCUCGUACGAUCCGAACAUCGACCACAGUGAGGUGUCCGUAUUUCUCAAGAGCCCCGAAGGCCAGAAGACCCUGGCCGAUCAUCCCGGUUCGACGUCCGGUUCGUCAGUUCACAAGCGGUAGACG